AUGCGGUUCAUCAUCUGCUGGGAGCUAUGUCUUCUGGCAAUAUCGCCUUAUGUAGCCGCACGACCUGGUCUUCCAGGACCGGCUGCGCGUGUACACUCUCUCCGUCAUCCUGCUCAGCGACACGAUGGUAACGGCGCCUCGAAGCAUGCUUGCGAACCCCCGGAGAAUGUUGCCAUCAGCGCGCCAAAGAGGAACAUCUUCCAGACCCUCACGGAGCAGGAAUAUGCCGAUGUUACCGCGUACCUCCACGAGCAGAAAGAGCUCAACCUCACGGCAAUAGUCAACUCAACCUCAUGGGACAAUGUCAUUGUGACCAUGGACGUGUUGCAGCCCAACAAGACGGAUGCACUGGUCUAUCUCGACCAAGAUGGGCCCCCUCCCCCUAGAUUCGCCCGAGCAACACUGCAGUUCAAUUCACAGGAGCAGCCAUACCUUCAGGAAUACAUGGUUGGACCCUUGCCUCUGAGCGAUUCGACGGCGCACUAUGAGGAGCUCAACUACAUGUUUACAUCUGGUCGAGGCCGGACGAACGUGUAUAAUGCUGACGGCGAAGCCAUCGCUUUGUUCAACCUCGAGGUGGGAAAGGAUAUCAAGGAUAUCACACAAAGGCUUCUCAACGGCACCGCUACGGGAGCAGAAGAUGACAAUCUACUGAUCGCCGGCAGCGACCCCCUCAUGCACAUUGGCGACAGGGUCUACCAAUGGAACGAAUUCUACUCUGCGCACACUGGCGAGUUCUUCUCGGAAACCGUGUUGCCCACGAGCCUGCAGUUUAAGGUGGAUCUCACCGGUCGUGAUCCCUCCAAGUGGUCCGUCGUCGGCUGGUACUACGAUGGCCACUACUGGCCUUCCACCGCCGAGUUCAAGAAAGGGGUCGAGAGUCUUAAACGAACGCCAGGUCCGGUUGUCGAUGGGCCGUGGACCUCGACCGACCAUGCUGGGGAAAGCCUUCCCCGCGACAAUCUAUAUCCCCCCGUCUCAGUGCAGCCAGACGGGCCUCGCUUUGGCGUCGACAUGAAGGAGAACUAUGUUGAGUGGAUGGAUUUCACCUUCUACAUCUCCAACCACAAGGAUGUUGGCAUGCAGCUCCACGACAUCCGAUACAAGGGCGAGCGCCUCGUCUACGAGCUGGGCUUGCAGGAAGCCAUGGCCCACUAUGCCUCCCUAGACCCUCUCCAUGCCAACUCGGCGUAUCUGGACACAGGGUAUGGUAUAGGCACGAGUCAAUGGAACCUGGUAGACGGCUUCGACUGUCCGUCCCACGCCACGUACCUCAACACGACGUUCUACAUUAGCGAAACCACAUAUGUGCACCCCAACAGCCUGUGUCUCUUUGAGUACGAUACGGGAUACCCCAUCCAGCGCCAUUUGACAGGGACGUACGUCUCAGCUACAAAGAACAUUGCCUUUAUCGUCCGCGCCGUGUCGACAGUGGGCAACUACGACUAUCUCUUCGAAUAUGGCUUUCAUUACGAUGGGUCAAUCACCGCCACUGUUCGAGCCUCUGGGUACAUCCAGGGAGCCUUCUGGUCAGGGGACGAUGGAUACGGCUUCCACAUAUACGACAACUUGUCAGGCUCGAUGCAUGACCAUGUCAUCAACUUCAAGCUGGACCUGGACAUCAAGGGGAGGAACAACAGCCUGCUCAAGUCCGAAUUUGUCCCAAAGACGCAAGUCUACCCAUGGUCCGAGGGGCGUAGCAUCAACACCAUGCAGGUAGAGCAUACGUACAUUACAAACGAAGACGACGCCAAGAUCACCUGGUCCAAGAACGGAGCUGCCUCGUAUGCCGUCGUCAACAAGGAUGCGCUCAACAAGUACGGAGAGGCACCUGGCUACCGCAUCUUCCCAAACAGUGGCAGCACUGCUUACUUGACCGUGCAGUCAUCCUCCGCUCUGGGGAACUCCAUCAACUGGGCCACCCACAACCUGUACGCUCUCCAGCAUCACGACACGGAGCCCAAGAGCGCGUACGCAUUCAACAGUCAUGACCCGCACAACCCAACCGUGGACUUUAACGAGUUCUUCAACGGAGAAAGCCUCGAACAGGAGGACAUUGUACUAACGUUUUUGAUAAGAUACUUCAACCUAGGCACGCACCAUCUCCCGAACACGGCAGAUCUGCCCAACACGGUCACCACCACGGCCAUGUCAUCCAUCGCCAUUGCGCCACAGAAUUACUUUGCCGGCGACGUCUCACGCCGCACCAUUCACGGCGUUCGGCUGUCGUUCGACGAGACAUCCACCAUCACCGAGAAGAACAUCUUUGGCACCCAGCAGCCAAUGUGCAUGUACGACUUGAAGAAGGCUGCGCCUGAUCUGGACACCUUUGUGGGAGAGUUGCAGAUUCCCAAGUUCCCGUGGAACCCCAGCGGUAGCUUGCAGACCAACCCCGGGGGUUAG